GCGAACGCGACGCCCCGCAGGAACAGCCUGGGGCCCGGCCAUCGGAGCGGCGCGGCGGCGAGUCUGGCCGGGAAGAUGCCAGUGGCGGUGAUGGCGGAAAGUGCCUUCAGUUUCAAGAAGCUGCUGGAUCAGUGCGAGAACCAGGAACUCGAGGCCCCUGGAGGAAUUGCUACCCCCCCAGUAUAUGGUCAGCUUCUAGCUUUAUAUUUGCUCCAUAAUGACAUGAAUAAUGCAAGGUAUCUUUGGAAAAGGAUUCCACCUGCUAUAAAAUCUGCAAAUUCUGAACUUGGGGGAAUCUGGUCAGUAGGACAGAGGAUCUGGCAAAGAGAUUUCCCUGGAAUCUAUACAACCAUCAAUGCCCACCAGUGGUCUGAGACUGUCCAGCCAAUCAUGGAAGCGCUUAGAGACGCCACCAGGAGGCGCGCCUUCGCCCUGGUCUCGCAGGCCUACACCUCCAUCCUGGCCGACGACUUCGCGGCCUUCGUGGGACUUCCCGUGGAGGAGGCUGUGAAAGGAAUACUGGAACAAGGAUGGCAAGCUGACUCUACCACGAGGAUGGUGCUGCCCAGGAAGCCAGUUGCAGGUGCCCUGGACGUUUCCUUCAACAGGUUUAUUCCCUUAUCAGAGCCCGCCCCUGUUCCGCCCAUCCCCAAUGAGCAGCAGCUAGCCAGGCUGACUGACUACGUGGCUUUCCUUGAAAACUGACUUCUUCUGAGCUCAAGACCGCCUUCAGAGCCCUGUACAAUGACAGAUACAGAAAUAUCCAUUUUUUCAUUUUCAAAUCUACGGGAUGGAAUGAGCACCUCCGCGUUCCUUUCUGAGUAUGUGAUAAAAUACACAUAUAAUAUAAAGUAUAUUACAUAGA